AUGAGCAUUGUGUAUUCCGAGCCAUCUACACUGCUUCAUAGUUUAAACACAGAGUUGCCAGAGGCCGGUGGAGGGCGCCUGGAAAAUGUUCCGUCUACUGUAGAACUAAGAGUUGCAUAUCAACAUCUACCUAAUUGUCCAGAUGGUUUUAAGUGUAAAUAUCGGAGAAGAGAUCCUGAUCAUUUAAAACCCUUUCGUCAUUGCAAAUCUAUUUGUCUCUAUGAUAAUUGUUGUGUUAAUUUUCAUGAUAAAGAACAUUUUGAUAAUACAAUACAUUCAUUUCGUCCACCAUGUCCAUUAACACCAUACAAUUGUUCAAAGUAUAUUGAAUUUGUUCAGACGAACAAUGCAAAAGAAAUUUCUUCAGAAGUAGAAGAUCAUUGUCUUGAAUAUUCGCAUGUUUGUCCUUAUGGUCGUCGUUGCAGAACUACCGAAGGAAACCAUUUGGAAAUAUCAAUUCAUAUUGCUCGUCAGCUGUGUCCCGAUGGUAGUAGAUGUUCAAAACUUACUCAAGAGGAUCAUUUAGAAUCCUAUACUCAUUCUGAUAUACGAGAUAUUCGUCUAUUAUGCAAAAUACCAGGUUUCAAGUGUUUGAAUAGAUUUAAUGAUCAGCAUUUCAAAAAAUAUCGACAUAAUAAAAAUUAUGAUCAUUUUAGUGUAGCUCCGUCUAGUAAUCUUAAUGCAUCUAUCAAUUUCGCUCGUAAUCAAAGUCAAUUGAUCAAAAACGUAAACAACUACAUUGACAAAUCGAAUUGGGAUAAAGCAGAGAUUUCUCCAGAAAUACUUAAUUGGAUACGAGCAUUGCAACCUGUACAUCGAUGUGGAAAAGAGGUUUUUGAAUCGAUUCUUGUUCUAGGACAUGUUAUGAGUCGUCAUUUUAUGAAUUUAUUAAGAAAACCAGAAAGUGUAGUCAGAGCGGUGCAACAACAUAGUCGAGUACGUUUGAUAUUUCUUCAUCAUAAUACUCCGACCGUCAAAGAUAAUGUACGUAAACUCAUUGAAAUAUUGGUUGAAGCUGAAUUUACAAAAGCAAAAUCAGAUGGAAAAACCCCAUCAGAUUCGAAUCAUGAUUAUAGAAUUCAAACGAUCGAGCAAAAACUACAACCACCUCUUAAUAAUAGAGAGAUUCAAGUUAUUCAUGAAUGGGCAGUUAAAAUUGCUCAAGCAUCGAUUAAAUUGAAUGCUGAUCCUAAGGGAAUCGGAUAUGUGGUUGAUGGAAAAUUAGGAACACAUCAACAUGUGUUUAGUAUACUGGGACCACACCUUGGUCACUAUUAUGGCGAUAUUGUCAUUACUUUUAAGCAAGAAAUCAUGUUUCAUCCUGAUGCCAAUUUUUCCAUCCAAGCUGGAACUAGUUUUCCCAGCAAAAGCACUUAUAUACUUCGUCCAUGGAUGAAAGAUCCAGGAACUGAGGAGAAACGUAUAGAACAUUUUCAUAACUCAAAAUUACAUUGUUCUGUUCAUCAUUAUGAAUAUGCAGCGGCAUCAGAAUUAGUUGCUCUAACAGGCUUAGAUCAGCAAUCAAUGAAUGUCGAUCUUGAAGCUAUUCUUCAACGAUGGAUAAGUGUGGAUUCCCAUCAAACAUUCGAAGGCCAUUUACCACAACUCAUUCCAUUAGAUUAUAUUGAUCGUGUUUACAUAUCAAAGAAUGUCUUUGAGUCCCUUUCACCCGAAGCUCAACAAUCAGCUAAAGGAGCUUUUAAAGAUUCACUUAUGAUUAGUAUCUAUGAAAGUGAUGAGACCAAAUCAGGCACCACGUUGAAAGAUAUUCUUGGCUACACUUAUCCAAAAUAUGUGUUUGAACAACUCUGUGAAGCCAUCAAAGAUCGAAUGAACAAACAAAAUAUCUCUCGAGGUAUAGUCAUUACAGUUGCUGCUUCCGAAUUUGGAGAACAUAUUAUUUUACCAAUCACCAUUUCGCAGGCAUAUGCUUUAUAUUAUCUUGACAAACCUCAAUCAAAAGAUGGUCACGAAUUCUCUUAUAUUUAUUGGCAAGCAAUGUAUGGUGAUAUGAUGUUAACAGUGUCCAAUGAAAAGAUUGAGUCAGGCGAAGAAAACUUCAAUCUCCAAUGUCUUAUUUGUUAUAUUGCGGUAAAACCAUCAACAGUUACUGAAAACUAUUAUGAAGGAUAUUCAUAUUUGAAUGAUGGCUUACCAUAUCAACAUGGUAAUAACGUCGCUGCAGUUCAAUUCAAAGCGAAAUCAAAUACAUUCUAUCGAGGGUGUAAUACUGAGGAUUACUUUACCUUUUGUCUGAAAAUUGGACAUAGAACUGGUCAAGUAACACUUUCCCAUGCUGGAUCAAAUGGUAUUUAUAAUCAUGAAAAGAUUCAAUAUCAAUUUAAUAAAGCUGAUUUAGACCUAUCCAAAUUAGAUUUUAUUCAUCUUAGUGCUGGAGCACAAGAUGUUCCUGUACGAAAUUUAACAAUUAAUUUUGAACCAAUACCUGAAUUACAUCCAUCCAUCGACACGGAAUUCAAAAAAGAUACAUAUCGUCUUAUUGAAAAAAAUCUUGCUCCAUCUUUUUAUGCCAAUCCUACGCUUUCUACGACUAACAGAUCAACAAGAGCGCGAAUUAAUAUAUCAUCAAACAUAGACGCCCCGGUUGUAUUGAGUCGGAUAAGAGACAUAUUAUGUUGUCGCCGUACGAAUGUAGUCGAACCAAUAUCAUUAGAUGAUGUUCCUCCAGCGUUGAAGCCUUGUGACGAUUCAGUAUAUUGUUUACAACAAAACUCGUCCAAGCAUACUAAUCAAUAUUCCCAUCCUUGUGGUUUUUCUGAAUUAUGUACAAGAAAAGCCAAGGAACCGCAUCUUACACAUGAACGUCAUAAUGCUCUUAAAUGUGCACAAGAUAAAAAUUGUUUGGAAAAACAUGAUCCUGUUCAUCGUGCAACUUAUCGUCACACAAACCUACCUGAUUAUCUUAUUCCAUGUCGUAAACAAACUAAUUGCUUAGAUAAAUCACCAAAACAUCGAAUAAAAUAUUUUCAUGGUGAAACCUUACCUUUAAUCAGACGUAAAUUGGGUAAAAUCACACGAUAA